AUGGACGAGCUGCAGGUUGUUUUGAAUUUUUUUUUUAGGGCUUAUUCAUAGUUUAGGCGCUCAACGCCCUGUGUAAAAAUUUAUAUGAAAGUACGGAGCCUUCAGUUCGACAACAGGCUGAGCAAAAUCUCGCCGAACUUUCUGAGUCGCCCGAAUGCAUCCGCCGAUGUAUGCUUCUUCUCUCCCAGGGCGAAGUAUGUUACUUUUUUUUUUUUGGAAAAAGCCGAAUUCGGCUCCGAAAGCUCAAAAAUGAGUGUUCGUAACAAAGGAUAUAUGAAAAGAAGCGUUUUUCAGUACCCUUACGGGCCUCUGGUUGCCAGCACGACGUUGAUGAAAGUGCUUAGCGCAAAAACGAACGUCUCUCCUGACCAGAAGCUGGAGCUCAGUGAGAAUACACUUUAGGUUGUCGUUACUCACGCUGUUUUCAGCUGCUUUCGUGAUUGAUCUCCUUGGAAGAGGUGCGCCGUCGUUUCCGCCUUUCCUGGUGACGUCGCUCUCCCAGUUGUUCUCAAGGCUGACGAAACAAGAAUGGACAUACACGCCCUCGCCUUCGUCGCCAGAUUCUGGAAACGAGACUUCCUAUCCUUUCAGGGACCCAGUGAAGUGGCUCAUCAGGUCUAUAGAUAACGUGAGUUUCGUUGAUUCAAUCCGAAGAACACUUUUUUUUUCUCAGAAAAACACAGCUGAAAGCAUUUUGGCGGUUCAGAUUUUGACCGUGUUAGUCACUGACAUGAACUCGGUGAGAUUUAACUUUGGAUCUAGUUUCACGUCAGUUCAGAGCGCCGGUAUGGAUUCAGUUAACAAGCAUCGGAAGAGCUUGGCGCAAUUUCGAGAUUCUUUCCUGUACGAUAUAUUUUCAUUGACCAUAAAUUUUGUAAAGGAAAUCGGAGAGGAGACUCCGACCGGACUUGAGGUCUUUCAAAUCUGAAAUUAAUUACAAAACUUGGAAAUCCUGGCAGUUGACGUUGACGAACAACGUGAUCGACUUGUGCCUGAGUUGUUUGGUGUUCGACUACAUCGGAAGCCUCGCCGAUGAAACGAGCGACGACAACUGCAACGUCCAGAUUCCCACCACCUGGAGAGAAUGUGACGAUUUUGGAAAGUUUCUGCUGAAAUCUCGAAUAUUUCAGCGUUCACCGACGGAAAAGUAGUUGAUCUUUUUUUCAAGAUGUACCACAAUUUGCCGACAGAAUCCAGUGAAAAAAAGUUGGUUUCUUUCGACAAGAAAAAGUUUUUUUAUACUUUUUACUGGAAUUUUUUUCAAAAAAAUGGCCAGAACAUUUCCUGAUGAGUUCAGUAAAUUUUUUUAAAUUUUCAGCUUGAAAAAAAUUUUUUUCAUGGACUCAAAGGGGUCUUCGAUAUUUUUUUCCCAGACUUUGAAGAACUUAUCUCGAAAACUAGGAAUUUAUGCGGAAGGACAUUUUCAGAAUCUUCAUCUGGUUGAUCAAAUAAAAUUCUGGCGGAUUUUUAAAGAGUUUAGAGUGAAGAGUAAAUGAAACCCCUUUUUGUUCACAAAAUCAAUCGAGAUAUGGAAAUUUUCGGGAAAAUGAGCCGUCAUUCGAAUAUUUCUAAAAUAAAAUAUCUAGCUGUUCUUCUUAUUUCAGAAAUUUAUUUCCUGGCUUUUUGUCCAGAAAUUUAAUUUGAUGUUUGUUUGAGAGCAUUAUGGAAACAUUUCUUCUAUAAAAAUGAUUGUCAUUUCCGAACUGGCUCACUUCACGAAACUUGAUUUCACAAGGCUGCUUUUCCAGGUCCUCAGCAUUCUUGCUCAAUUGGCGAGUGUCAGAAGAACUUUGUUCAAUGGGUCGGAACGACAAUCUUACGUGCAAAAGUUAGUGGAAGGCGUCGUGAGCGUGAUUCAGAACCCUGCAAAGCUCACAAAUCAAGUGAAUAGGCGACCUGGGUGUAACCUUGAGAAAUAUUUCUCCAGAAGGCGUUCCAUGAGUUUUGCCGGCUCGUCGCUCGGUUGAAGACGAAUUACCAGCUCUGUGAGCUCAUCAACGUGCCGUGCUACGCGCAAAUGCUCCGACUGCUCGCCGAGUUCACGGUGGAAAGCCUGCGGGUGAGCAUGGCGAUCUUCCUCGACCACGGCUUCUGUUGCAGAUGAUGGAUUUUUUGUUCGAGUUCUCCGCGAACAGCACGUACUUCUUGCUGACUUUCUGGCAGCGGAUGGUCACCUCGGUUCCCUACGUCCGCAACAACGACGAUCAUUUGCUCAACGUCUAUUGUCCCGAAAUAACGGCGGCCUUCAUCGAGAGUCGUCUGCAGCACGUCGAGAAAGUUGUCAGGUACUUUCUGCAUUUUUUGACUCUUUUGUGAGAAUUUUGUUCCGCGUUUUCGCCUUUGUCAAGAAACGGGUUAUGUCAGAAAUGCGGUUCGGAACGUGGCAUGCACUUUUCAAAAAGAAAAAUAGAUCCAAAAUAACUAGCACAUUUCAAAAAAAAUAAUCCUUCGAUGUCCUAGUGAGAAAAAGUUACGCUGAGAAAAUAACAAUGAAAUUAUGAUUGUUAGCUACGGAUUGUAGUUGUGAGAUACUGUGAAUGCUUCACCAAAAACAAGAACUGAGAAAAGCAGAAAUAUUCAUAGUUCUCAAUUUUACCUAGUAAUUAAGUUCUAUUUCCUUGGUUAAUUUUUUUUAAAGAAAACUUGUUGACUUAUGAGUCUGUGUGAAUGAAUAUCCUUGAUACCGUUGAGUGAUUUAUGAAAAAAAGUUUUGUUUUUAUUAGUGAAAAGUUGAUGUUUUUGUCGAAUGAUAAGAUUUUGUUAAGAGAAUCGGCGGAAGACCCUCUGGAAGAUCAAGGGUCAACGUUGCAGCUGAUGGAACACCUGGCGACUAUCUGUCGUUGUGAAUACGAAAAAACGUGUCAGCUUCUGGCGAGGCAUUUCGAUGAAAAUGCCAAAAUCUGGACCAGCGGCAGUCCCUCGGUAGUCGAUUUGGAGUCCUGUCGUUUGUGAGAGAAGAAAUCUCAGGAUUUGUCGGUGCGAAUCGCGGAGGGACGACUCGUCUGGUUGAUCACGCUCAUCGGAACCGCCGUCUUCGGCAAAACUUCUGGCUCCGGAAACGACGCGCACGACAAAAUGGACGGCGACAUGAUCGCCAGGUUCUAUUUUGAGCAAAUUCUCGAUUCUAGAACACUCGAAGCAUUUCGAAACGUUUUUCAAUCUUGGAACUUUUGUCAGAGCCUGCCGGAAGUUUGAUUGACUUCGCACUCAUACUUUUUGAACUAAAAAUAUUUCUGAACCUGCUAAAAUUAUUUUCUUAACACAGAUCUCCUGAACUCGAGGAAAGCAACUAUGUGCCAGUUGAAUUGUAUCUGCUAGAACUCCUUGUUUUGAGUUUUUUACUGGAUUGGUCUUGAGGCGAAGCUCAGAAUUCAAAUAUUUACGCAUUUUCGCGUACAAUAUUCAAGUUAUGUAAAUAACAAAAUCUUCGCGAAGGUGAAGGGAAUUCAAAAUCAAGGACCUUAGUAUUUUUUGCAAAGCGGUGAAAAUUGGGAAAGAAAAAGGUUGAUUUUCGCUUCACAUCAGUUCCUUGAGCCGAUGGACAAGAAACUGAUGUGGGCGACGGCAUAAUUUUUCUAUUUGGGUUGUUGUAGAUGUAUUACCGCGAUGCGUUACAACGACAACAGGCUCCAAUAUCCGCAGAGUCCUGGGAGGAAUCCCGGAAACGGGAAUUUGAGGCUAGAAGUCUCUUUCAUCCACAUGCUCGAGCAGUUUCGACGGGCCUACAUUAUGGACCAAGUAGGACUUUUUUACUUUCUUCAGAGAAAAAAAUUGCUGCAGAUCACUCGCACGAGCUCCGUUUACGACAAAUUGCAGUCCCAGUGCGGCAUUUCAGAAGAAACCGAUAUGCUUGGAGUCAUCAUUCAGAAAAUGUAUUUUUUCAAGUUUCCUCUCUUAACUUGACCGUAUCAAUUCUUGUAUACAUUGUAGAAUAAUUAUAAAUCAAUUUUUCAAAAAUUUUUCAUAAUUCUAUUAAAGUUUUUUUACAAUAAACAUCUUUUUCUUCAUUCAAGUUUCUUGAAAUUUCCGAUUCAAUUCUCUCCAUGAAAACGGCAUGAAACUAGAGAAUGGGGGAGCCUUUCAAGAAUUUUGAUUGAGCCGUAGUUUAAUUAUAAAUCGAACAUGGUCCGUUGGCCGAUAUUCAGUAUAACUAAGAGAACCAAAAAACUAGCUAUCCAUGAAUUUAACAUCAAAGAAUUUUUUGACGGUCGAAAAUAAGGAUAAAAGAAAUUUUUAACGAAUUAAUCUUUCAGUUUGACCAACUUGAAGUAUUGGCCAACGCAGGCGGAUAUCCUCGACCUUUCUCUUUCUCUACUGAAAGAUCUGUCUCUCGGAUACAGCGCCGUUCGGAAGCUUUUCCGUCUUCCUGAAGUUCAACUUCUUCUGAACAACCAUACGGUACCAAAUCUUAUAGGAAAUUGUUAAGAACUUGCACACAUAUAGUAAAUAAUGAAAAUAAGUCACAGUUUACAGUCUCACGGAAAAAUGAAGUAAGAGAAUUUCUGGGAAACUCAAAAGUUAACGGAGACAACAUGAAGCAAAUAGGAGGAGGCCAUUAAAACUUUUUGGAAUGUUUUUUUCAAAAAAAAAGGCCGCGUUUUAGUGUCGAAGGGUUACAACUUUUCGAAAUGACUAAUCAAGAUUAGAAUGGCUCGAAAUAAACUGACUGGUCAACUUUUGAGGUCGAGCACUUUGUUUUCCUCGGCCCAACAAUCGAUUACACGACUAUGAAACAAAGAACUGUUUUUUACGAAGCACUGAUGCGCCUUCUGACGACAGAUCUCUCGGACGACGACGAAGUUUUCGUCAGUUUCAUUCGACCUCUCAGUGGUUGGUUGAACUCCCAGAGACAACGGAAACUGUUUUUUUUUUUGUUCAGAAACUGUGAAGGCCAUUUGCGACACAAUUUCCACCAACAGCCCUGCCGUCGAAGAGGAACAGCUCAAAGUUUACCUUUACUUUUUGCUAAGAGAAAAAUACUUUGCACCGAUUCAUUCAACAAUGGAGACCUCUACAAUUUCGUUGAGAAACAUUUUAACAUUAGUCUUUAGCCACAUCGAUUUAUCGAAUAGUCCUCCCAUAAAAUAAUCCUUUUAAGUUUUCACUUUAAUUAAAAAACUCUCACCGGUGAGGUUAUUAAAGGCGCAAAUUAUUUCGCUUAUAAAAAAAACGCAAAAUUCACAAACCUGCACUUUAUUCCUUCAGCAACGAUUUUUUUCUACCUGAGCUGAAAGACGACUUUCUUCCUACACGACGAAGUGAAAAAUCCUAACCAAAACGAUGAAGAAAAUAUUUUGAAGUAUACCUAAAAAAGGAGAUAACUUUGAAGUAAACACGGCAGAUAAGAUUAUUCAUUCGGAUUAAACUCAAAGAUAAAUUUUCAGUUUUGCAUGUCUCGAUAUGACAAAGCAAACCAAAACUAUCUCAUAAAUUCAUUUCAGCGCAUAAUUGUUGGAUUGUGUCGUGACAUCCGAGGAAUCGCCGUAGCUGCCACAACGAAAUCCAUCUUCCAAGUUCUUUUCGAUUGGAUGUUUGAGAUUUCCCGAAACGCAAAUGACUUUUUUGCUUAGGUAUCCCGACGUUUUCAACAUUUUACUCUUCUCCGUCGGAAAGUGGUCGAACUCCUCGGACGUGACCACCCCCGUGAUGCGGCUUUUGUCGGAGCUCGCCCAGAACCGCCAGCAGAGGCUCAAGUUCGAGAUGAGCAGUUGCUCGGCUGUGCUGCUCUUCCGCGAAAUCUCCAAGAUCAUUUGCGUUUACGGUAAUUUAUAAUCAAAUGAAAGACGUUUCUAUACAACCGCUUGAAAUUUUAAAUGAUUUUAAUUUUGAGGAUAAGAUAAACUAGCAAUUUGAGAAGACGAAAACGUUUUUAAGGAAGGAGUGAAGGAUACAAAAAUUCCUUAGAAAUUGAAGUAUGAGUCUAGAUUCUGUUUCUUUUCUUUCGAGAUAAUCUUGAGUUAUGAAAGCCUUGAUUGUUGCAGGCAACAACCUUCUGUCGCUGCCGGACGUUCCCAAGGAAUGUAUGUACAAAGAGAGAUACAAGAAUAUCGGCGUCGUUUUCCUCGUCCUCAAGAGUGCCCUCAUCGGCAGCUAUGUUCCGUUUGGUUCGUUUUCUUCCAGUGACAAAUGAACCAGAAAUCAAGUCCUAAAAGUAUGCAAAAGAUUAUUGAGUGGAAUCGGGCCGUAAAUAAUUCACGGAUAUUAGUCCAUAUUGAAAGAAGGUAAGUGAAUAUUAAAGAUAAAUGGAAGGCGGAUGGUUUCGAAAUAGAAGAAGAGUUGAGUUACUUGGAAUGUCUCAAAUAUUUUAUUGUGGAUUCAAUACACACGAAAAGCGGAUUGCUUGAACUCCUUCCCAUAGCAUUAUAAUCACAUUAAAACUAAUCAAGCUCAUCAAAAACGAAAUGAUAAAAAUUCAAUCUGAAAACAUUAUUCGAACAAUUUAAACAAAUUUCUCAUAUCAAGGAGUGACAGAAAUUGGAAUCACUUUAUCACAAAUAUAUUUUGUUCUUCUGAUCAGAGAAUAACGAUUGACCGUAUCCUUUUCAUUACUCCUUCUCCUCCGAAUUUUUUAUAAAUAUUCCUUUUUUCCUAUUUUCCGUUUUUACUCUCUUCAAAUGAAAUUAUCGCGGUAAUUGCUGAUAGGUCUGGAAGUCUUUCGAAUUAUUCCAAAAAGAAAAAUUCUUACUAUGGAUCGCCAUCACAGCCGUCAAUUUUUAUGACACAAAACGACUACGCGUUAAUUUAUAUCAAUUCCAUCCUCAUCAAUAUUCGUUCGAAGUCGUUGCUUAAUUUUUGGAACAUUAUUGAGACUGAGAAUGUUAACCUCGAAUUUCAGGCGUUUUCCGGUUAUAUGGUGAUACGUGCUUGCAAGAUGUUCUUGGGAUGUUUGUCAAGUUCUUCAUGCUUAUUCCGGAGGCUGAGCUUCAGGUUGUUUUUUUUUUUUGGUAUCCUUGUAAUUUCAAUAUUUUCAGAACUAUACGAAAAUCGCGCAGAACUACUACAAUCUUCUGGAACACGUCACCCAAGAUAACAUGCCUUUUUUGACUAACCUUUCUGUGGACGUUGUUUGUGCCAUUCUACGAUCUAUCCACAACGGAAUCACGUCUCUUGGUGCGUUUUUUGAACUUGCUUAUCUGCCGAUACAUUAAUGUGUAGAAGAAUUAGCUUCAUCAGUUUUGUAGAAGAUCAACGCAUCAGAAAAUCGAUGUCGGAAUUAGGAUCCUUGCUAGAUAUGUUAGGGUCGAAUGAAAUACAGAAGGGGGGAAGAAUUGAAGAGCGAUUCCUGUUUGCAGACGCCGUGGUUAUCACUUCGUCCUGCUCGACGCUGGACACGAUCCUCAACUACAUGUACCGGCGUCUGACGCGACCUAACACCCCGAUGCCGAAGGCGGGAGUCGAGCCGGAGGGCGAAAGUCUUCUUUUGGCAGUCAAGGCUCAUCCUGAAAUCACAGCCGACGUUGGUCUCCGACUGCCUUGCGCUGAGACAAAGGCUUGCAGAUUUUGCAAACGAUGAUGUCGAUGUUGAUGUUCGGCGAGGUCAAAUGUCAAUGGAGUCUUUCGCGGCCGCUGCUCGGCCUCAUCCUUGUCCAGGUCAGCCUUCUUUUCUCCCAGUCGAUCCAGUUUUUUCUCAACAGGAGGAUGUGUUCACCAACUUGAAGACUGAACUCACUGCUCAACAUCCUUUCGAACGUCAACAACAAUUCGAACUUGUGGGUCUUUUACUUCCCAUCAGAAAAUUGAAAUGACCUCAUUUUGUUCCAUGUAUUUGCACAAAAAGCACAAAAACUUAAAGAUUUUCAAGUGGAUAGAAAAAGUAGUCUCAAUGUUUCCCUAAAUUUACAUACUAGAACUUCUAGGGAUUUACUGAAGGCUUGAAUUUCAAAAGUAGUUUUUUUUUGUUUUCGGAUAUUUUUCUGGAUUGAAAAAUUAACUAUAAAGUUUUGGAUUUUGAGGCGUUCUCGCAGUUGAUGACGGGCGUCGACCGAUCCCUGAGCGUGAAGAACAAGGACAUCUUCACGCAGAACUUGUCCAAAUUCCGUCGCGAUGUGUUCGACGUGAUGAAGGGCAAACGAGUGACGUUGUCGACAGUCUCUCCGAUGGCGACGUCGGCCGCCUCCGCCAUCGGAAGUGGCACCUCUUCAGCCGGACAAGAAAUGGCUGAGGUUUAG